AUGGAUCCGUGGAAAAUUGUCGGUCGUGUUCUAUUUUUGCCUCUUCGUGUUGUAGUUUUCCAAUUACGGGAACUGAAAAUGGGGCAGGAUAAGUUUUUGUUGGUCACGGAUUUGAUAGUCGUAUCUGUAAGUGCAGUUUGUGAUGCUGUUAAGGGGUUGAAGGAAGGAGUUGAAAAUUUUGAUCCCCUUGUCAUUACUCAAGCUUCGUCCCAAAAGGGUGUGUAUUCCAUAUCAUCGAUUUGCUCCGGAAUUCAGAGGGGUUCGAUUGGUAGGUUUGUGACUGUCGAUGGGUAUGAGGCGUAUUAUGGUGAUUGUGUUGCCACGGUUACUGGGUUGGAUGCAGAUAGGCUAGGUUAUUUUGACAUUGAAGAUGAAAUAAUGAAGUUGGGAUAUGAAAACUGGGGUAGAAUAUGUUAUAAGCAUCGGACAACACGUGAAUUUAAAGAUAUAACAGAUGAUGCUGGUGUUAUGGACUGUUUGGGUCAAAUGCAGGGAAACAAAAGAUAUGUUGAAAUAUAUGUGCAAACUGAACAUUUAAAGAAACCGUGUGGGGUUGCUGUGUGUCAACAAGAAAAUGGAUCUAGGAAUAGGGUAUCUGAAGUUGCUGAGGUAGACCAAGCAAAGGAUACUAGUGAGAAGCUGAUUUGUGCUUAUAACAUGGUUGUGUAG